CCAUCAGCCCACUCCCGCUCCAGUCCGUAUUUGACGGUGAUUGCGUGAUGUACUCAUAGUACACGUUACUCGUUAUCGUCGCAAAUGGAAUUUUCGCCGUGCACGUUACAUUACGAGUUACAGUAUUUGUCCAACCGGGACAACCAAACGACACAAUCACAAUAUUUCUAAAUGGAUGAUAUCCAUUCAUGGUGGGAAGUUCCGAGUAUUGCUCAUUUUUGUUCUUUGUUCCGUGUAUCCUUCGAUCUGCUAGAUUUUGAUAUCGAAGAUCUCGAAGCUGCAUUAUUGACCGAUGGAACUGAAGACAAUGGCAACUCAUUAUUACAGGAACUCAUUGCAAGACUUUUGUCAGGCUGCUUUGGCAACAAUAGCAUAUCCACAUUCAAUUACCAAAUGUUUUUGCGUAGAUUAUUCAGGGAAAAAUGCAAGGAAUAUAAUCUAAAGAACCCUUUUAACUCAGACAUUGACUUUCAAUUCUUACCACUUCGAACAAAAGUUGAGAUACUUCAUACCUUAUGCGAUUUUAGGCUAGAUGCUGAUGAUGUCAUGGAAUCUCUUAAAAAUCUUGACUCUGAUAGCUUAAGAGUACAUCCCUUGGGCUAUGAUGAAAACAAAUCUGCAUACUGGUAUUUUUAUGGUACUCGUUUGUACAAAGAGGAUUAUGAAAAAGUAAUUCGCAAUAAAAAAAAAAAGAAAAAAAGAGGAAGAAAAAAAAAAGGAGAGCCACUUUGUUCAGAUACCGAUGAAGAAGAAGUAGAUAUGGGUUCAGGAAAGUGGCAGGUUAUUUGUUUUACAGAAAGUGACUGGGAACGAUUAGCUCUUAAAACUGAAGAUUCUGAAAAUAGAGAUGUUCGAGCCUUGCAUCAAGUUAUUACUGAAGACUUUUUACCAGAGAUACCUCGUUUAUUUGAAGAAAAAGAAAGACUACAACGAAAACGAUUACUAGAAAUGCAACCUCGUAGACAAUCGACAAGAUUGGAAAAACUUAAACAACAAAAAGAAGAGAGGAAGAAAUACGAAGAUUUAUGUCAAGAACAUGAAGAUGGUUUAAAAAAAAAAGGAUUAAAAAAAAAAAAUCUUGAAAGACCCAAUAAAACAAAAGAAAGACCAUAUUCAGAUAGCGAAAAUGAAAGCCAUGGGUAUUCUUCAAGUAGCUCUAGGAAAACUGGACGUCAAACUAAUAAUUCCUUAGCUUCAGCUACUGGUCAAAUUGUGAUAGAAGCUUCAAAAGAAAGAAAAUCUAAAAAUAUGGGGUUUCGUUCCAGUAGUGAAGAUUUACAAAUUGGUAUGUACAAAAUAUUAAACAAAUUAAAAGAUCAUGAAGAUGCUUGGCCAUUUCUUGAACCAGUUGAUGAAGAAAUAGCUCCUAGUUAUUACAGGGUAGUUAAAACUCCAAUGGACCUUCAACAAAUGGAGGAUAAGCUUAAUGAUGGAUUGUACAAAACAUUUAAUCAGUUUAAACAUGACUUUCAACUUAUUAUAGCCAACUGUAAACAAUACAAUGGUUCCACAAAUGAAUAUACAGUGAUGUGUGGAAACUUGCAACGGGUAUUUAACAUGGGUGUUCAUAAAUAUUUAGACUGGGAGUUAUCUGAUGGAUCUGAUGAUGAAAUGGCAUACCUCAAAAGGUAUGAAAAUGGAACAAUGAGAUCAAGAAAAUCUAGAAAUCGACAAAGAAGUACUAGUAGCAAAGAGUCUAGCAAUAACACUGAUAAAGAAAAUGAAGAGAAAUUGCAAGAUUGUUCCGAUUCUAGUAAUAAAUUUGAUAGUUUGAUUCAACAAACUGAUGAAGAUUCAUGUAGUUUAGAUUCUAAAGUAGAAACUAAAAAAAAAUCAGUUAAAGAAUUUGUCAAGUCUAAAAAGAAUACUGUAGUUAAAAAUACUAAUGCAGUUGAAGUACAAGCUCUUGAAGAAGUUACAGAACAAACAUUAAGAGAUAUUAAUAAGUGGUUGGAUGAUACACCUAACUUUUCUUCUGCUAGUAAUUCACCUAUAGCAACAUUAGGUGGAUCUGUAUUGGAUGAUGCUGAGGUAACAUCCCGUUUAGAUGCAGAAUAUCGGCAAGCACACAAGCUUGACAAACCUCGACUACUUUUUAAAGAAAAAAAGCGCCCUUCUAAAGAACCAAUUGGACUACCAGUUAAGAAAAAGCGUGAAGUUCAAAGAACAAUAGAUCGUUUACAACCUGGUAAAAGUAAAGGUAAUUUGAUCUCAAAUAAACAAGAAGAUAGUCAAACUAUUUCUAAACAUAAAGCAAUAAAAAGUGAUUUAGAAACUGUACCAACUCUUAGCCUAGGUACAGUCCUAAAUACUGAUCUCAUGGGAUUUUCUUCUAAAGUAUCUUAUGAAGAUAAGGAUUUAGAAAAAAUGGAAGUAGAAUGUGAGAAGAGUCCAGAAGAAAAUUAUAAUGUCUUUAAAAAAGAAGAAAAUAAAUCUGAAUUAGAAGUAAAAGAUGAUAAGCCAGAAAAAACAACACCUAAUCUUAGUGCUUGGUUUAAAGCAUUUGGAGCUCCAAAGACUCAACCUACACCUAAACGUAAACAAGAAGUUAAUGAAAGUUCUCCAAUUUACACAGCUUAUGCUAUGAAUGAUAUGGUGCCAUAUGAUUAUACUUUGAAAGAAUCAGAUAAAAAGGAUACUAUAGUUCAAGCAGACAAAAAAACAACUACUACUACUACUACUACUCCUUUAGUAUCUCCUGACAAACCUAUUGCUAAAAGACAGAGGAAGACAAGUACAGGAAGCAGUGUUUCUGAGCAGUCUUCACAAAAUGAUUCUUGGAAUUCUCCUCGUCCAAGUCUUGAUGAACCAUAUUUAUCACCUCAAUCUGUUAUUAAUUCGCCUCAACAAUUAAAACCCUAUCAAAAUGUGUUAAAUAUUCCUCAUGCACCACUUAAAGUUGGAUUUUAUCAAGAUGCUUUUGCUAGGCCCAAUUCUGAAAAAAGUAGUAGUUGUAGUCCUAGAAAUCCAUCUAGCGUGAUGACUGCUAGCCCACAUGGGCAAAGUCCACGGAAUACAUUUACUAGUCCUAGGGAAUUACCUAGUGAUAGUCCUAGCAACAAUUUUAUUGGAAGUCCUCAUGAAGCUAGUUGUAGUCCACACAAUAAUGUUAUUAAUAGUCCAAAAGAAAGUCCUCAUCAUUUAAUAUUGAGUCCUCAAGAUUCAAGUAAUAGUCCUUAUUAUAGUCCUCAUAAUGUUGUAAAUAGUCCUAAAGAACCAGUAGCCAAUUUAGCUGAUGAGUAUCAACAAAAUCAGAAUGUCUAUCCUCAAUAUAUUGGUACUCAAAACUCUUCUCAAAAUUCUCCUCAAAAUACAUAUACAGAGUUAUAUCCUCAGCCUAUUGUAAAUACAGCAAUAAAAACACAGAACAUAUUCCCAGUUAAAAAACGUAUGUAUAAUGAAAGUGAAAGGUCACAAGAAAUGGCGUUUACACCAACAAUAGCGAGCAAAGAACAAGAACGAGUUUUUGUUCCUGCUCCUGGACAAAUGCCUAAUUCAAACUUUAAUUCUGAUUUAAGUUAUCCUAUGGGUUAUCCACCCCGUAAUGAUCAACCACUUCCUUCAGCCUACCAACAAAGUUUAGAUCAUCAACUUCCACCUGUUAGUUAUCAAAAUAGCCUAAAUUAUUUACAAAUAGCUCGGGACAGAACUGAAAGUGAACCAAAAAAUGUUCCCAAUUCCUUAUUUAACUACAGCACUCAAAAUCAUUCAACAUUUGUAUCAGCACCACAUUAUACAUCAACUCCUUUAAAUUAUUCAAAUCAUUCUAAAGAUAGCCUUGGUUAUACCUCAGCUCCAUUAAAUUAUGCAAGUCGCACAACACCGGGUCAGUUUAUGCCCCCUAAUUUUAAGCAAGCAGCUCCUCAACCCAGAUUAAAUUAUAGUAACCCCUACGAUCAGUAUCCUAAACAAAUCAAUUUAAGACCAUAUAAUUAUGUGUUACCACCUGGAAAAUCAUAUUCUCAUCCAAUUCAAGAUAUGAUUCCAGGAAAAACGCAAAAUAUUGAUUUUACUACAGGAAGACCUUUAUCAAAUAUGAUACCACCAACAAAUAUAGAUUAUCGAUAUAAUCAACCAGGAUAUACAGGUCUUUCUGUUAAUGAUAUAAUGAAAAAUAGUAAACUGGAUAUGAACCAACCUACAUAUUCUAAUGCCUCUAUGGCUGAAAUGAUAAAAGUAAGUCAGGCAGCUUAUACAAAUACUGUUAUGACAGAUGUUAUGAAAGUUUCUCAACCAACUUAUUCAAGUCCUUCAGUUGCUGAAAUGACCAAAUCAAAAAUGGAAAUGAACAGAUCUAUGAUGAUGGAACAAGGUCCACCAUCAAAACCAGCUAAAAAGACUGGUCGUAAGAAAAAAACAGUUGCUGUCACUCAGCCACCCCCAGAACCUUCUAGAACUAUUGAACCUUCACACAACAAUUCUACUUAUCCUCAUCACUAUCAGCCAUUAGUAAAACCACAAAUGUCAGCUGGGCAUUUUAAUUUUAAUCCAGCUGUUAAAGAAGGCUAUCAAGAUUAUUUAAAUGAGAUGCGGUCAACUGGUUAUUUUGCUGAUCAAGCAGCUUCAGCUGCAGUAGCUGCUGCUGCAACUCAACAACCAACUGAUCGAAACCCUGCUUUUGCUGCAUUUAGACCUCAAUCUUCAUAUGCUCCUCCGAUAGAAGCAUUCAAUCCUAACCCUUCAGAUAUUUAUUCUCAAUUCUUACAAAGGCACCCAAUGAUGUUACAUCAAGGACUUACUGGUUUCCCACCAGGUUAUUUAAACAUGCACGAUCCUAUGAAUAGGCAUCCACCUUGGAUGUAAACUAGACUACUUAGAUAGAAGUGUUCUCCUAUUGUUAAUGUUACUUAUUAUUAAUUCUUGUGUUUUUAUUUAGAUCAAAUAAACUUAUUUGAUUUGUAUUCUACUGAAGAGAACACAUCUACUUGUUUAAGAAAUAAUUUGUUUUAUUUAUUACUUCUAUUUUACACUUACCAACAAAUUAUUUGAUAUUUUUUUAAGUAAUGGACAUAAUUUUGUAUCUUCUUUGUUCUCCUGUCAUUAUUUUUAAGUUUGAGUUUUUUAAAUAAAACAUAUUGUUUUGCCUAAUGAAUUAUCGCGCCUUCAAUGAAGAAACUAAAAUUUUCAGACUUCAAAAAAAACAUUAAAUUAUUUUGAAAAAAAAAAAUAUUUAUUAUAAAUGAACUUAGUUUUCUAAAGGCAUCAAAUUACACUGCUUUCUAAUUAUUCUUGAAACUUCUUUUAAACAUUCAAGUGCAAUUUGUGUAACGUUAUAUUAGUAACUAUAUCAAUAUUAUUAUUAUAUAUAUAUUUUUUUGUUAUAUUUAUAAA